CCAUGGCGUAAGUCUGGUACAAAAUCACGGCACGUUACAUCAUACAAUUUAUUGCUUGAGAGUCGAGACUUUCCCUGGGUACUCCCAUAUCGGUAGCUUUCGGCAGAUCUGAUUUAGUAUUCUCUUUCUCGUGAUUCUUCCUGAAGUUCAUCAUGCCUGAAGAAGUUCCUGCCGGCGAUGCGGAGAAGGGCAAGAAGAUCUUCGUCCAACGGUGCGCCCAGUGUCACACGGUGGAGAAGGGUGGAAAGCACAAGACAGGACCUAACCUGCACGGUCUCAUAGGCAGGAAAACAGGCCAGUCGCCUGGUUUUGAUUACACUGAGGCAAACCAGAAGAAGGGCAUUACAUGGAAUAAGGAUACGCUCUUUAUCUAUCUGGAGAAUCCUGCCAAAUAUAUUCCGGGUACCAAAAUGGUUUUUGCGGGAUUGAAGAAGAAGGACGAGCGUGGACAUUUGAUUGCUUAUCUUGAAGAAUCCACAAAGAAAUAGAAAGGGAAGUCGUAGCAAGUAAUUCUCUUCGUGGAUGUAAUGCGUUGUUUGAGUUUCUUUUAUCGUAAGUUAUUGUUCUUGUGGGUAGUUAAUGUGUGCAGUUUUGCAAGCCCUCUUGCAGUCGUGGAGUUCGGAAAUGCGGUACUGUCGUGUAGUUCCUGGUGUUGAUUGUGAAGACUGAAGCAUAUCGUGGUUUGUUGAGUUUGACAGUUGCUCAUGCUGUUAAUCCCUUGAUCUUGAAAGAAAAAUACUGAUUUCAGUCUGGGAGUCCUGGACUGAACUUG